AUGGUUCUGGGUCGUCGGGGGCAGGCGCUCCCCGGAUAUCCCGUUACACUGAUGCUCAAAUUGACAAGAUCUGGGGCUGCAGACACAGUGGUGACGGCUUUCCCAAAAAUCGGCGGAUGCCUGCCCAGCACCAAAUUUCCCAGCUCAUCCAAAGUCGGCUGGGGUAUGUUGAAUUUGACUGAGUCGGAUGACGCUAAAAAGACCGCGGACGAUGUCGUCAGGGAUAUUGUCAUGGAGACGCUGGACUUUGAAGUUGCAAUAUCGACACCUGAUGGCAGCAGCAGCUACUUGCAAGUCUUUGCAGCCGAGAUUAAUUUCUUCAGCGAAGUGACAAGAUGCCACGACACGUUCGAGGCCGCCCUCGGCAAUGUCAUCAGAAUCUUCCCCUACGCCAUCACGAGGGAUACUGAGCUGUUCGUCCAGAUCGACGACAUCAUUAACGAGAUCCACAUGAUUUUGCGCGUACAGCAAGACCAAGACCAUAUCUGCGUGGUCGUGAGACGAGGUCAGAAGGAGAUGGCCUACCAGGCUGAAUAG